AUGCUCGUUGCACUUGUCGCUACGCUCGGCCUGAGCGGGGUCGCGAUGGCCAAACCAAUUUCGCAACGAGCGGGUAGCCCAGGCUUCGUGCCAAUACCUACGAACUGUACCAUCGACGACUCUCUUCCAGGUAGCAGUAGCGGCAGCACAAACAUCUCCGGCUACAUGCCAUCCGCCGACUUCACCUCCGAUAACCUAGUAUACUCGUCCUACUUCGACAGCUACCUCAAUCAAUCCGCGCAAAUACAGCAGUGCCGGGAACAAUGUUACGGAUAUGGCCAGUGCAAGAGUGCUUUAUUAGCAUACCAAGUUCCUACGCCUGCUGGCUACUACGGUACCGCCGGCGGUGUACUUGAAUCUGCCUGCCUACUGUACGAUGCGUACCUCGACGAGAACGCCUUUGUUGCAGCUCCAGCCGGUCAAUACAUCAACGAGACGGCGGGCAACAUCUACUGCCCGCCGUAG